AUAGAUGAGUCAAAUCCUUCAUCUCUACAGAAUCCCUUAGCCUCUCUAAGCUCUUCACAAAAGGAGAAGAAAAUGGAUAAAGAGAAAACAAAAGAAAGGUACCUAGUAUUCACUCCCUUUUUCUUUCACUAGUCAAUUCUCGCCAGUUCUUGAAUUUCAUUCCAUAAUGUUGAAAAACGUAAAAUAAAGUAUCAGUAAGUGGAAAAAUUUCCCAUUCAGAUGCAUGAUUGCUGUACUGUAAUUCUUUUUGCAGUUUAAAACGAAAAUCAGCUUUGGAAGAAAUCAUGGAAGUGAGUGUUUUUGUUUGGUUGUUCAUUAAUUUUGACUUUUGAUUUGCUAUUACAGUAACUUCCUUUUAGUCAUUACGAUCAGGAAUGCCACUUAUAUUGUACAUAAUAAAACAACCUUUCUUUCAAGCACUCUUUUUUGUAAUAAUAAUAAUAAUAAUCACAGUUUUUUUUCUCGACAGAUGCAAGAACAGGAAAAGAUGAAAGCCAGCCGCAAAAGUAACUGGAUAGCAAAGGUACCCUAGAGACUCAAUCACCCCCCUCCCCCGCCCCCACCUUCCCCUCCCUCGGGAACUGCAAGGUAGAAAUUUCUUUCCAACAGAUUAAGAUUGCAAACUAUUUAUAAAAAUGCUGUUUCAAAACUCUCUAUCGCAGACUUCCAGACGCAUUAAUCUUUUUUCCAUGUCCGAUUUCAUUACAUUUUCCAGUACACUUGAGUUUGAUUUUAUUAUGUAUCAUCUGAAUCUGAAGCACUGAGGAUAUUUUGUUUUAAUUAAGUGCCUUCUUGGCUGUUAUUCCUUCCUUUACAGGGACUUAUAGUCAAAGUUGUAACCAAAAAACUUGGUGAUAAAUACUACAAAAAGAAAGGAACAGUCAAGGUAUGUGUUUCGUUCAAAAAGAAACACACGUAGUUGAAAUAAAGCAAGGCCACAAUUUUCCUUCUCAUCCCACUUCAUUAAGUCACUACAGUGAAGAUCCCCCAUCCCAUCGGACACACCCAAAUGUAAAUACCCAAUCUCGCACCCACUUUUGUUCAUGAUCUUUAGAUUCCUGAAUCUUGGGUUCCAAGAAGGAGAUCUGCAGAAACCUUUUGGGGUUCCUACUUCUUAUGGAUUAUUGUCCAUAAAAAUAAAUAAAUAAAAAACACUUCCUAAGGACAGGACAGAAUUAAUUAAUGUUGUGUAUUAUUAUGUUUCGUUAUUUUUAAUCGCAGGAUAUUCAGAACUUAUUUGUCGCUGUUGUAAAGAUGUCAGAUAGUGGAGAUGUGAUUAAAGUUGAUCAGGAUCACCUGGAAACAGUUAUCCCAGCUUUUGGUAAGUGUGAAUCAUCAUAAACUAGUGUAGCAUUAAAAAACAAGCUAACAUUUCGCGAUGUCACCACUGGUUUCCCCGCAAAAUGACCUUUUGAGGAAUGACUCCAGAAAUUCAAUAUUGAUGUUGUGUCACUAGUAAACUAGAUCUGGGUAGUACAGUGUACUUCUGACUGGUUAAAGCAAGUUUCCCUUGUCGCACGACCAAUCAGAAGCACUACCCAGAUUUGGGACAUGACACAUCGUCAGUAUGGGAUUUCCACACUCAUUCACUAUGAAAAAAAAUCAUUUUGAUCGCUUUCCUUCAAUUCUCCAAGGCUUGCUCAAAACCUGCUUCUACUAGGAUUAUCUUGCUUUGAUUUUAAAGGAGAGGAGGAGUCAGGCUACAGCUAGAGUGGUAGCAAAAUUUUCCAUGUUAUUCCUGGUCCAUUAUACAAUGUAGAUUUACUCCAAGACAGCUUAUGAGUCAGCACAGGUCAAAGAGUAACUUGAGUCCCAAUUUUCUUUGAAUAUCAGGAAACUAUAGCUUUAAUGGAUGUACUGUAAGAAUAUAUACCAAUUUAUUUUUCUGUGAAAUCUUGAGAGAAGCAAAUUGUCACAACUUGUAACGAAGUGCUUACUAGCAAAACUUGUAAAUGGAUUUUCAGGUAAAACUGUACUGAUUGUAAAUGGCAUCCACAGAGGAUCAAAAGCAUCACUUGUAUCACUGGAUGAAAAAAGCUUUUCAGUUACUGUGGAUCUUAAAGAUGUAAGUCCGAUUUGUCUCCUUUUAAAGGGACUUCCCUUCCUUGCAAGAUAGAAUGAGGAAAUUAUGAUUUCCUUACGCCAUCUUGGCCUGCAAAGAGUAGAGGAGAGGAGAGGAAAAUCACCGUGGGAUAAUGCAAGGCCUCUUGCCUGCCCCUUACCUGAUUUCCCUUUCCUUGUCUCCUACACACUGGACUCUUUAGCUAAUCGCAGUCAAAGGUGCUACAAAGAUCAAGUUGUUUUGAUUACUGACGUUUAAUUCAAAUAAUUAAUGUUAUAAAACCUUGAAGAAUCCCCUCGGAUAAAUCUUAUGUUCUAACACAAUAUGGUUUAUAUAAUGUUUCAUGAAAUGAACACACUGACUAUAAUAAAAUAUCUUUAUUUUCAUAUUAUUAAGUUUCAUCACCCAAGUUAAAUAUGAUGAGGUAAAUUGACUCAUCUCCAUUUUCUACUCCACAUUUCUCUUCCUUUGAAGUGGCUAGACUGGAUUCAAGGCUGCUGCUUCCCUCCGCUACCCCGCUACCCCCCCAAACCAAACCCACCCAAACCCCUCCUCCCCGGGCCCCCUGCCCCUUAAAAUUUUAUUUUAUUUUCCUUUGUUUUGGGGUUUAGUAAUGAGUCUGAAACAAAAGACAAUAAAAUUGAACCAGGACCAGAACAGCAAUGCUAACUAAGUGUUGAAUUCACUACUGAUAGUAGUUUACACAAUGCCUUUUGUUAUUGUGUUUCCUCAGGGACCUCACAGGGGCAAGAGAAUUGAUAGAAUUCCCUAUGACGACAUCUGCAAAUUGGAUACGUGA